AUGGGGCUCACGCCAGAGUCGUUCCCUGCUGGGCUGGGCCUUUCAGAGUUUAGAAACCCUUCCGCAAAGCUAACAUUCCAUCUCUGGGGCUUGUUAUUGUCUGUUUCCGAUUGUCUGUUAUUUUCAUAUUCCCUCUCUAUGUCCAUCACUGGCACGAAUGGAGCCGACAGUGUCCCCUAUCCCAUUGCAUCUUUUUUCGUGAGAAUUCUAUUGUUUUGCAGCCCUCAGGGACCAAGGCCUGACAGAGCAGGGGAGGGGAGGCAGGGUUUUGAGCCACUGACCAGGGGCUUUAAAGGCAUGUCUGCUUCAUAA